GGUGGUCUCCUCUCCAUUUUUCUCCUCCUCUCGUUUUUGCGUUUAGGCCCCUGGGGAAGCAGGGAUUCCGCUCCCGGUCCCUCUCCCCGGUUCUCCCGCCUCGGAGCUCCGAUCGAGGCUGCAGCGUCAGUUGCAGGAAUGGGAAAUCAGUGCCAAAAUGGGACCUAUGGGAACAAGUACAACAAUUACAACCAAUUUCAGAAUGAGCGUUUGGCUUCAAGAUACGAUGAUGGGGACGAUACUGAGGAUUGCUACCCGGGGUCAUCUAGGUCCAGUGUCGCGGUUCUUAUGCAGCAAGGAUUGAGACGAACGUUAACAUCCAUCUCCGUCCUUGGUCAAAAGACUCCUAAUGUAACAGAGCAUUAUACCCUUGGCCGGAGGCUUGGAGAGGGUAAAUAUGGGACAACCUAUCUCUGCACUGAGAUCAGCACUGGGUGUCAGUAUGCAUGCAAGUCCAUCUUGAAGAAGAAGUUUGUCAACAUGCAAGAUAUUGAGGAUGUGCGCCACGAGAUCCAGAUAAUGCACUAUCUUUCAGGUCAAAAGAAUAUAGUCACCAUCAAGGAUGCAUAUGAGGAUGAGGAGGCUGUGCACAUCGUCAUGGAGCUCUGUGAAGGUGGUGAGCUAUAUAACCGGAUUACGGAGGGGAAUUACAGUGAGCAGAAGGCUGCAGAGCUUAUGAGAGUUAUUGUUGGGAUCAUAGAGAACUGCCACUCACUUGGGGUGAUGCACCGGGAUCUAAAGCCAGAAAACUUCCUCUUACAGGAUAAAGAUGAUGACUUGUCGAUAAAAGUAAUCGACUUUGGUCUCUCUGUGUUCUUCAAACCAGGUGAUGUUUUCACUGAAGUAGUGGGAAGCCCAUAUUACAUUGCUCCAGAGGUACUGCAGAAGCAUUAUGGACCGGAGGCUGACAUAUGGACAGCUGGAGUGAUACUCUAUGUAUUGCUAAGUGGUGUGCCACCAUUUUGGGCAGAUACACGAAGAGGAGUAUAUGAUAAAGUUCAAGAUGGGCAUUUUGAUUUAGAAUCAGAACAAUGGCACAAGAUAUCGGACAGCGCAAAGGAUCUUAUAAGAAAAAUGCUCUGCCCUUGUCCAUCAGAGCGAUUAAAAGCCCAUGAAGUUCUAAAGCAUCCCUGGAUAUGUGAUAAUGGAGUGGCUACUGAUCAAACUGUAGAUCCAACUGUUUCUUGUCUCCACAAGUUAUCUGCAACAAAUAAGUUAAAGAAAUUAGCUCUACAGGUUAUGACUGAGCAUCUUCCAGAGCAGGAGAUCACUAGCUUAAGAGAAAUGUUCAAGGCAAUCGACACCGAAAACAGAGGCGUGAUUACUUUCGGUGACCUUAAAGAAGGGUUGAGAAGAUGCUGCUCAGUGUUUAAGCGUGCUGGGAUUAAUGGUUUAAUGGAAGCGGCUGAUAGCGACACAACCACUAGUAUCAAUUGGGAGGAGUUUAUUGCUGCCACAGUAACCCUUAGUAACAUUGAAGACAAAGAACACUUGAUGCCAUCAUUUACAUAUUUUGACAAAGAUGGAAGUGGUUAUAUCACCGUUGACAAGCUUCAAAAGCCUCCCAUGGAACGUGACAUGGAAGGCCUUGAAGAGAUAAUCUUGGAGGUUGAUCAAAACAAUGAUGGCCAGACCAACUAUUCUGAGUUUGUCGCAAUGAUUCAAAGCAACAGCUCUGGACUUGGGUGGCAAACAAUGGAAAGCAGCAUGAAUGUACCCCUGAGGGAGGCACCCCAAGUUUACUGAUGUUCCUGUCGCGCAAAGAUGCUGUUCUCUUCGGCUCCUCAUGGGGUUCCUCACAACCCUUAGGCAAGGUUUGUGAAUCAGGGAGAAGGGAACAUAGUCUAAAUAGUUGAUCAGUGGUUCAAGGCUGUCUAAUACUCUGUAGUCUAUAGCAUACUGGUAGUAUAGGCGUGUGUGGUAUAAGAACAAAGCUGUGGUCGUGUGUAUCGGUGAUUGGUUUGUUAGGCAAGGUUUUGGCUCUAAUAAAAAACUUAGUAGUAUAUAAGAAAUGCAUCCUUCUGCUUCUUUUCUGUGGUCAACCGAGUGAUGGUUUGACCAUUAAUAUAAUUGAUUGAGUUUA